AUGAGUUUAUUCGGCUCUAACGCUGCUGCAAAGCCUGGAGCAUUCACAUUUGGAGCAAGCACACCAACAGCGCCCGCUACAACUACGUCAUCACUUUUCGGAGCCACAUCGUAAGUUUUCUCUAUUUAAUGUUUUUCCAUGAAUCUCAUAUUCAAAUCCUUCAGAACCCCACAAAAGCCACUUUUCGGCUCAACGUCACAAGCUGCUAGUACUCCAUCGCUUUUCGGAAACACAGCCACAACUACAACAACAGCUUCAACUGGCGGAGGUCUUUUUGGAGGUACAACUACUUCAACAACCGCAUCGCCAACACCUAACUUGGGGCUUUUUCAAAAACGUAAACGCAUGAAAAUCAACUGACUAACCUAACAAUAAUAAAUUGAUACAGGUCCUGCAACGACAAAUUUGUUCGGAUCGACCACUCCAGCCACUGCGACUUCGACAACAACAACAACUGGAACAACUGCAGGAGGAGGGCUUUUUGGAGGAUGUAAGUUGAGAAAAUUUGAAAUAUGCAUGGCUACAGAUUGA